CUGCAUCAGAAGCACAUAAAAUAGAUUGCUUGGUCUAAAAUAGAAAACAGUGGCAACGUUUUGCUGAGUUUCCAGACCCUUCCCAAGAUGGAACCAAUAACAUUCACAGUGAGGAAGCAUCCGUUUCCUAACGAGGUCUCAGUGGACUUUGGCCUUCAGCUGGUGGGCUCUCUGCCUGUGCAUUCUCUGACCACCAUGCCCAUGCUGCCCUGGGUCGUGGCAGAGGUGCGAAGGCUCAGUGGGCAGUCCUCCAAAAGGGAGCCUGGUACCAAGCAAGUCCGGCUUUAUGUUUUGCCCUCUGGACUGAGAUGUGAACCUGAACCGGGGAAAAGUCAACAAUGGGAUCCACUGAUCUGUUCCAGCAUCUUCGAGUGUAAGCCUCAACAUGUUCACAAACUCAUUCACAACAGUCAUGACCCAAGUUACUUUGCUUGUCUGAUCAAGGACGAUGCAGCCAGUCGGCAGAGUAUCUGCUAUGUGUUCAAAGCUGAUGAUCAAACAAAAGUGCCUGAGAUCAUCAGCUCCAUCCGACAGGCCGGGAAGAUUGCCCGCCAGGAGGAGUUCCAUUGCCCAUCAGAGUUUGACGACUCCUUUGCCAAGAAGUUUGAGGUGCUCUUCUGUGGCCGGGUGACGGUGGCUCACAAGAAGGCCCCGCCAGCGCUGAUCGACGAGUGCAUCGAGAAGUUCAAUCACGUCAGCUGCAGCAGGAAAGCCGAAUUUGACUUGGGGUCUCAGAAUUCCAAAACCACAAAUCCUGAGGGAGGGUUUUCCUUCACGGAUAAAUUCCGAUCUGUGCUCCAGCCUGUGGGGAAUGGGGCGCAGGGCCGGAGGCCUAUGCGCAAAUCCUUCUCCCAGCCUGGGCUGCGCUCUUUGGCCUUUAAGAAGGAAUUUCAAGAUGGAAGCCUUCGAAGUAGUAGUUUUUUCAGCUCUUUUGAGGAAAACGACAUUGAGAACCACCUAAUUAGUGGACACAGUAUUGUGCAGCCAACAGAUAUUGAGGAAAAUCGAACUAUGCUCUUCACGAUUGGCCAGUCUGAAGUUUACCUCAUCAGUCCUGACACCAAAAAAAUAGCGUUGGAGAAAAAUUUUAAGGAGAUAUCGUUUUGCUCUCAGGGUAUUAGACACGUGGACCACUUUGGGUUUAUCUGCCGAGAGUCUUCAGGAGGUGGAGGCUUUCAUUUUGUUUGUUAUGUGUUUCAGUGCACAAAUGAAGCUCUGGUGGAUGAAAUUAUGAUGACUCUGAAACAGGCGUUCACGGUGGCUGCAGUGCAGCAGACGGCUAGAGCCCCAGCCCAGCUGUGUGAGGGCUGCCCCCUGCAGGGCCUGCACAGGCUCUGUGAACGGAUAGAGGGAAUGAAUUCUUCCAAAACCAAACUAGAACUCCAGAAGCACCUGACGACAUUAACUAAUCAAGAGCAAGCCACUAUUUUUGAGGAAGUUCAGAAAUUGAGACCAAGAAAUGAGCAGCGAGAGAAUGAAUUGAUUAUUUCUUUCCUGAGAUGUUUAUAUGAAGAGAAACAGAAAGUUCACAGCCAUACUGGAGAGACAAAGCAGACAUCACAGAUUGCAGCAGAGAAUAUUGGAAGUGAAAUAGCACCUAGUGCCACUCGAUUUAGGCUAGAUAUGCUGAAAAACAAAGCAAAGAGAUCUUUAACAGAGUCUUUAGAAAGUAUUUUGUCCCGGGGUAAUAAAGCCAGAAGCCUACAGGAACAUGCCGCCAGUCUGGAUCUGGACAGCUCCAUGUCUAGCACAUUAAGUAACACCAGCAAAGAGCCAUCUGUGUGUGAAAAGGAGACCUUGCCCGUUUCCCAGAGCUCCUUCAGGCUCCUCGGCUCCUCGGAUGACCUGUCCAGUGACUCGGAGAGCCAUCCCUCGGAAGAGCUAGCCCCACUCUCACCCCAGCAAGGCUUCAGAAGGCGUGCAAACACCCUGAGUCAUUUCCCUGUGGAAUGCCAGGACCCUCCUGAACCUGCACAGGGGUCUCCGGGGGUCUCGCAAAGAAAACUUACGAGGUAUCACUCAGUGAGCACAGAGACGCCUCAUGAACGAAAUGUGGAUCAUCCGCCUGUUGGCGAGUCUAAAAGUUGCUCAGGUCAGUCUUCAGCUCCUGCUCCUCCAGCUCGUCUUAACCCCUCCGCCUCCUCGCCAAAUUUUUUUAAGUACCUAAGACAUAACUCAAGUGGAGAACACAGUGGGAAUGCUGUGCCAAAGAGCAUCUCCUACCGUAAUGCCCUGCGGAAAAAACUUCAUUCUUCUUCCUCUGUGCCAAAUUUUCUAAAAUUUCUGGCUCCUGUAGAUGAAAAUAACACCUCUGACUUUAUGAACACAAAAAGGGACUUUGAAUCUGAAGCCAACCAUCUCGGCGAUGCCAGUGGGACCCCUAUAAAGACACGGAGACACUCGUGGAGGCAACAGAUAUUCCUCCGAGUGGCAACCCCCCAGAAAGCAUGCGAUUCUCCCAGUAGAUAUGACGAAUAUUCAGAGCUGGGAGAGCUUCCGCCACGAUCUCCUUUAGAGCCGGUUUGUGAAGAUGGACCCUUUGGCCCAGUACCAGAGGAAAAGAAAAGGACAUCUCGCGAGCUUCGAGAACUAUGGCAAAAGGCUAUUCUACAACAGAUACUGCUCCUCAGAAUGGAGAAGGAGAAUCAGAAGCUGCAAGCAUCUGAAAAUGAUUUGCUGAACAAGCGCCUAAAGUUGGAUUAUGAAGAAAUCACUCCUUGUCUUAAAGAAGUAACUACAGUGUGGGAAAAGAUGCUUGGCACUCCAGGAAGAGCAAAAAUUAAGUUUGACAUGGAAAAAAUGCAUUCGGCGGUUGGGCAAGGUGUGCCACGUCAUCACCGGGGUGAAAUUUGGAAAUUCCUAGCAGAGCAAUACCACCUAAAACACCAGUUUCCCAGUAAACAGCAGCCAAAGGACACGCCGUACAAAGAACUCUUAAAACAGCUCACCUCCCAGCAGCACGCAAUCCUUAUCGACCUCGGACGAACGUUCCCAACGCAUCCGUACUUCUCCGCCCAGCUGGGAGCAGGGCAGCUGUCCCUUUACAACAUUCUGAAGGCCUACUCACUUCUAGACCAGGAAGUAGGGUAUUGCCAAGGCCUGAGCUUUGUAGCAGGCAUUCUGCUGCUUCACAUGGGUGAGGAAGAGGCCUUUAACAUGCUCAAGUUCCUGAUGUUUGAUAUGGGACUGCGGAAGCAGUAUCGGCCGGACAUGAUCAUUUUACAGAUCCAGAUGUACCAGCUCUCAAGGCUUCUCCACGACUACCACAGAGACCUUUACAAUCACCUCGAGGAGCACGAGAUUGGCCCCAGCCUCUAUGCUGCCCCCUGGUUUCUCACCGUGUUUGCCUCACAGUUCCCAUUGGGAUUUGUAGCCAGAGUCUUUGAUAUGAUCUUCCUUCAGGGAUCAGAGGUCAUGUUUAAAGUGGCGUUAAGUUUGUUGGGAAGCCAUAAGCCCUUGAUUCUGCAGCAUGAAAAUCUGGAAACCAUAGUUGACUUUAUAAAAAACACACUCCCCAAUCUGGGCUUGGUGCAAAUGGAAAAGACCAUCAAUCAGGUGUUUGAGAUGGACAUCUCUAAACAGUUACAAGCUUAUGAAGUUGAGUACCACGUGCUUCAAGAAGAACUUAUCGAUUCCUCUCCUCUCAGUGACAACCAAAGAAUGGACAAAUUAGAGAAAACCAACAGCAGCUUACGCAAACAGAACCUUGACCUCCUUGAACAACUGCAGGUGGCAAAUGGUAGGAUCCAAAGCCUCGAAGCCACAGUCGAGAAGCUUCUGACCAGCGAAAGCAAGCUGAAGCAGGCUACCCUCGCCUUAGAGCUGGAGAGGUCGGCCCUGCUGCAGACGGUGGAGGAGCUUCAGAGGCAGGCUGCAGAGCUGAGCGGUGCAGAGCCUGACCUCACACAGCCCGAGCCCACGGGUGACUGACAGCGCAGGGGACAGCACCUCGCAGAGCAUGGCUCCAGAGGAGACCUUGCAACACCAUCCCAACACUGUCCAGGCCUUAACUGAGAGAUGCAGAAGAUGCGGGAGGGAGAGAACCAAGUGUGUGAAGCGUGCUUCUCAGGGAGGAAACUGGCUUGCCAGCAUGCGGAUUCUUCUGAACUAAGACUUGCAAUUCAGGGGGACGAAUGUCCUGGUGUUUUUGUUGUUGUUGUUUAGGUUCUGAUUCGUCCCUUCUCCGGUCCUGAUUCCUGUACUCAGUAGAUUUAGAUGGCGUGGUCAUGAAUAAAUGCACCUUUGUGUUUC